UUGACUCGAUUAUACACGGUUAAUUGCGGUUUUUUUGCUGCUUUCGAUUUCGGUUUCUCACUAUCGCAAAGUGGCAGGCAACGCGCGAGUACUUAAACGCUUUUCGGUGUAAUUAGUCUAUUUAAAGUGAUUGCCAAAAUUGACGUUGUGUUUUGUUUUGCUUUUCCUCUCGUUCGGUGAUUAAUCUAACAUGAGUUUGGACUUUAUUGUUUCUGUUGUAUUGUUUUGCUCCAGCUUGUCGCUUAUUGAAAGAUAAAAAUACAUCAGUUCGAGGUGCUCAAGCACACAUACGUGCACACGCGAUCUGGUUUAGAUUUUCACCACCCGAUAGCAGAGCCACCCACCUGGUGAUCUCGGCCACCCCCCGGUUACAGGCCCAUUAAUUUCAGUGAGUUUUUACAUACAAUCGAAGUUACUUGCAAUUAAUAAUUACUCAAGCCUAAGUGUUGGGUUAGUGAAUUUCAGAUUUUGUGAACAACGUUCACAAUAUCUUCUAGUUGGAAGCUAAACAUCUAUCAGUUUUUACACUCGAUUCGGGAUGCAACUUUGGGUGGGAACAGCUUGCCGUGCAACUCCAAGAAAGUGUUAAAUUGUAUAGAGCUCUACUCGCGCGAUAGGUGAAAGUUGGUGGAAAAAGAAAUUCCGAAAUCAGGGCUCGAUCGUUGCGGAGCUGCAAGUUUCAAAGUGCCGCGAAGAGAAUUCGAAAAAUGCUCAGCUAACAGCCUGCGGGUGUUUACAACGCAAUUGAUGCAAAGUGUUUCGACGUGAGUUGCUUAGAAGUGUGUGCCAAUCGGACUAAUCGAUUUACUUACGACGUAAACAAAGCGCGUGGCUAGCAGAGCUCUGCACUGGUCCCAUCCGAAAACUUGUCAGAAUCAAGAGUCAUCUUAAUGCUAAUUCAUCUGCAGCUGUUCGUUACGUGAAUCUAAAAGUGUCAUUAUCAAACCGACCACUGCUGGAAGAAAUCACGGAGGCGCGUGGCAAGGUGUUUUUGCAACUUCACACAACAAUAGGCAGUCAGCAGUCAGUCAGCUCGUCAGCAGCCGAUGGUUCGCCGCGUUCCGGAGUUGGAAUCCUGCUGUCCUAGUGCCUUCGUUUAUGCAGCCCCGCUCAGUGCGAGUGCCAAAAUCCGUUCGACCAUACCAGAAAUAUAACAACAACAUGUGAUAAUUCUAUGCCGAUGACCAACGACCGUAACUGUGAUACCGAGAUCAGCAUUGGGAAGGAAGGAUUUUUGUGAUCAUCAGUAGUUUUUUUUCAGUUCUUCCUGUAAGCGUGUGUGUAUGUUAAAGUGGAGACAAACGUCUCAGCUGGCUCAAACGGCUAAAAGUGGAGCAGCUUUAGGUUAGAUUUUUUUUUCGCAAGUUACUGAAGUACUAGUUUAACAAAAUGAAACUAUCGAAGUAUGUUGAUUGGUUACAAAUUCGCGCCCUGCUCAAAAAGGAUUACCUGGUACGGAUUAGACAGCCGUGGAUGACAAUCGUCCAGUACCUGUGGCCCUGUCUAAUCUUCCUGUCGCUGUACAUCCUGAGAAACCGUUUCAAGGCAGUUGAAAUCGCCGACUGUCAGUUCCCGACUCGGCAGCUGCAGAACAAUGGCAUCCUACCGUUCUUCCAGUCGUACGUGUGCACCUUCGAAAAUGACUGCAGCAGCCCGCAGCAGUUCGAGUCCGCCGGCUCCUAUGAACGAGCCCCCGUAACCCCGAUACUGGACAUCAUUCAGAUCUUUCUAGAUACACCCGCCAUUUACGAUCCGGUGAUAAAGCUACCACAGGAGAAAAAUCUCAUCGGAACGAUCAUUUCCAUCGUGACGAGCUCACGAUUUAAGGAAAUAGAGCGAAAUGCCGAUAGACUAGUCAGUAUGUUCCCGGAAAUCCAAGCCAUGGUUGGGGCGGAUUUCAACAUUGAAAAACUGUUUGCCGACGAUCGGACGUUUUCCGAUUCGGGCAAGAUUUUGUGUGGCAAACCGUUUCCCAGAAGCGAUAACAUUCGCUUUAUCAACAACGUGCUCUACUCGCAGGAUUUUAACGGUGCAGACCCGGACGAGCUGGCGGCAUUGCCAACGGCUUACUGCAAGCAGCUCUAUCGGGAUGUUACGAAUAGUAAUAAUGGGAAGAUCACGUGGAAGACGCUGAAACCGAUUCUGCAGGGGAAAAUUCUGUACGGACCUGCUAAUGAAAGGAAUGACGAAAUCGUGAAGUUUGCAAAUCAAACCUUCGUUGAUAUGGGACGGUUGCGUGACUUUUUCAAAGCUUUGAGUACCACCGUACAAAUGCUGCACACAGAUGAAUCGUUCAGAGCAAGCUUCGUAAAUCUGAUCGAGUUAGCUAAGUCGCCCCUAGUUCAAACCAUUACCGGUGGUAAUGUCAACAUUGCACUGAUUGAAUCUCUGCUGAAUGGAAUUCUAAAUGAAAAAACUGUGGAACAGUUCCUCACGACGAUCGCCAAUAUUUUCGAGUGCUUCUCAUCGGACCGUUUCGUGUCUGUUGAAUCAGAAGCUGCACUGGAGGAGGAGGCCUUCAAACUGAACCAGAAAAAGUUGUUCUUUGCUGGUUUGGUUUUCGAAAAUAGUACUAUUCCAAAUCAGAUUCCGUACAAAAUCCGAAUGAGAACCGAUGAUACUCCGGUUACGGUUGAGAAACGAAAUCGAUUCUGGUUUCCCGGACCGGAGUCAAGCUUCGAACUGGACAUGCGCUACCAUCGCGGUUUCAUCCAGAUUCAACAUGCCGUUGAUGUGGGUAUCAUUAAGGCGAUGAAGCGGGAAAAGGUUGAAGCUGAAAAAAAGAUUUUGGAAAGCUUGUCCGCUGAUAUGGGUUUCGGGUUCGGUGAUAUGGACACAGACGAUGCGGAUGACGAGGAAACUGAAAGCACGACCGUUGCCGGCAGUAGUACGACGGAGGAUCUUGACUCACUGUAUGAUAACCUAAGUAAACAGGUUAACAUUUCUCAAUCGGAUCUGAACAGAUUCAGCAACAAAUCCGCGCUGGAAGAUUUUCUGAAUUUCAACGAUGGCGACGAGCAAGAUGAAUUUGAUGAGGAGGAGCCGCUGAGCUCUUCUAAUGCAACGUCCGCUAACACAACGGAAGCACCCAAGGUUCGGCGCAAACGAGCACCUCAGUUUGGCUUAUUAAGCCUCUUCCUGGGUGGGGAUUCCGCGAAAAAGAACAACGAAAUCAACUACGACGUUUCUAAAGAGAAGUUUUACACUAAAGAAUUUCCCUAUCCGAAAUUCGUAAAAGAUAACUUCAAGAAAGGCUUAUACUUGGCACAGUCCAUACAGAUGUGCUUCUUCAUGGCACUAAUUGUGCACGUUUCCAAUUCCGUCCGGCAAAAAAUCUGGAUGAAAGAAAGUGGCAAUAUUAUGUUGAUGCGUUCGAUGGGCCUGAAAGCCAACUCGGACUCCAUUUCCUGGGCCAUUACAACGAUGAUCGAGCUUUGCAUCGUAUUUGUGCUCAGUCUAAUCAUUCUGUACAGCGGUGGAAUCCUGCUACAUUCCAGCAAAAUAUUCCUUUUCGUUUAUCUCCUGGUAUUCGGCCUUUGUUUGAUGGCCUUCUGCUAUAUGUGUUCGAUGUUUUUCUCGUCCGCUAGUAUUGGAUCCGUUUCGACGGUUAUUUUGUUCCUUACGACAUUCCUACCGUAUAUUAUAAUCAUCUCGCUGGGGGCUGUGCUGAGCACUGGGUGGAGAUUUGUGGCCAGUUUGUCUUUCUCAACGGCAUUCUGCUAUGCCUGGCGGCAUAUUAUGCGAAUGGAACUCCAAUAUCGUAGCGCUGAUUUUGUUUCCGCUUUUAGUGGCUCGAUAGAGGAAAAUGAUUUGAUGUUUGGAAUAAUACUAAUGCUGUUAGAUACUGUGAUCUAUUUCGUAAUAGGAUUAAUAUAUGAGAAAUUCACGAAUGAGGAUACAACGUUCCACCAAGUCAACAGGGCCAAAUUGGACAAGAAUGUGGGUGCCGAACUGCGCAACGUUGAUGUCAUCUAUGACAACAAGAAAAAGGCGCUGAAUAACGUAUCAAUAACGUUCAAAAGGGACGAGGUCACCUGCCUACUCGGUCGCAAUGGAGCCGGAAAGAGUACCAUCAUUAAACUUUUAACCGGUCAGAUCCUGCCGGUAGAGGGUGACGUUCAGCUACCGCUGGACUACGACCUCAUUUCGGGGCUGCGAAAUAACGCCGAAAAGAUUGGCCUGUGCUCACAGAGUAACAUCCUCAUUCCUAACCUGACAACCAAAGAACAUCUACAGCUGUACGCUCGCAUUAAACUGACCAAGGGUUUCGAAACGGAAAUCCAACGAACACUGGAUAACCUUAAGAUGGGCAAAUACCAGCACUACCACGCAUCCGAACUGUCCGGGGGUUUCAAGCGAAGGCUGUGCAUAGCAAUCGCCUUCCUCGGUUCUCCCAAUCUCGUAAUUCUGGAUGAACCGUGUAGCAGUGUGGACACCAAAGCCCGGAAGUACAUUUGGGAGUUGAUUCAGACGCUGCGAAAAGACCGGGCGGUGAUCCUGGCUACUCAUCACCUGGACGAAGCCGAAUCGUUGAGUGAUAAGGUUGUGAUACUGGAAAAUGGACAAGCAAUCAUGGAGCAAAGCCAUGAAGAAUUGAAGAACCGCUUCACAAAUACUCUAUACGUGGAUAUCACUCUUAAGGGUCUAACCGAAAACGACAGAUCCACUGUCAUAUCCGAAAUUAGUAUGACCUUAGAUCGACAGGAAAACGUUCGAUACGAAGUAUCCAAGUUACCAGGAAAUAAACUCCAGUACAAACUCGAGUACACGGGAACUACUCCGUCCGAUGUAGACCUACAACCCCUAUUCAACCAACUAAAUCAGUACCAAGAGAAAACCCUCAUCCUCAAGUACGACCUGAAGAACGAAAACCUGCUGAACAUUUUCAACGACGUCAACGGCCGCGAAACGAUUCCGUCCAAGAUCGGCGAGCCGGAAAUUAUGUCCGCAAAUGGUCACGACACACACGAGUCCAAACCCAUCGAACGGCAGCAAAGUACACGCCAAAUACUGCAAAGCCUGCUACGGAAGCGGUUCCUGCAUUUCCGCCGCAAUUACCGGUUGCUCAUCUGUCUGCUGGUUCUUCCAACGCUUUUCGAAAUCAUCGCUAUGUUCUUCAUGACUAUCCGCCCGCCGGGUGAAUACGAUGCAGUGCUUAAUCUAUCGCGCCAGUUGUAUGCCGGUAGUGCUGAGUUUUACUCUAGGAAUGGCAAUGGAACAAGCUACCAGAAGCAGAUUGAUGCAAACAUCCUGGAAAAUUGUAACAACGAAAAUUGCUACCUAUUUAACAGCUCCGGGGAUGCCUUCCGGUGGCUUUUACGAACAAAUUCCGAAUUUGUUCAGCGACGGUACGGCGGAUUGACGAACCAAAAAGAAAAGCACUUCGUUUGGUAUAACAAUAAAGGAUAUCACUCCAUGCCUAUCUGGAUGAAUAUGUUGGAUUCUGCUAUGCUGCAAGCUGAAAUGGGAAACAAUAGCUACAGCAUCAAUACCAUUAACCAUCCUUUGCAAAUCGAAGAAGACGAACUGACGCUGUCCUCAAUUCUACAGCAGGUUGCCGACGCUGGAAUUUCGUUGAUCCUUUUGCUGUCAUUCAGUUUGGUUCUGGCUGGAGCAUCAGUUUAUAUUGUUAGCGAACGAACCCGCGGGGAGAAGAUGCAGCAACGACUUGCCGGCGUGAAACUUCGCCACUACUGGGGAGUGACCUACUUGUGGGAUGCUAUGAUAUACCUGAUCGCCUUAGCCCUUGCGGUAAUCGUUUUCCUCGCCUUUGGCAUUCCGGCAUACGUUGACAAGGACCAACUGUGCGGUGUAUGUCUGCUGUUGCUCUUCUACGGAUUCGCUUCCAUUCCAGCGGUGCAUUUGUUCGAAAAGCUGUUCAACGAUGCCAGCUUUGCCAACAUGUCCCUCUUCUGUUUGAACGUAAUCACCGCCCUGGGAACCCUAACGAUCAUCAUUCUGUUCGACGUUCUGGGUGAAUCGGACACCACCGAACAUUUCCGCAACUUCCUGAACCGUGCAUUCCUGAUCUUCCCACAGCACGCGCUUGCCGAUGGUUUGAUCGAGCUCUCGAAAAACUACAUUCAAGCGGCAAUCUUCAAACGGUACUACAUCGAUACCUACAAACCACUGUUCACUUUACUAGAGCCGCACCUGAUCGCACUGGCCACCAUGGGAAUUCUCUUCAUGAUUCUCAACACUUUCGUCGAGAACAAGACCCUUCAGAAAUUCUUCCUGGAAGUGGAAUCAUCCCAGAUGCCGGUUUACGAACUGAAAUCCGUCCGAUCAGAGGAAGCCAUAAUGAACGGAAAUGGAAAGAAGAAAUCCCUAACGGCUGAUCAGAUUCUUUCCGUUGAUCACUUGACCAAACGAUACCGGCAGGGUGAUGCGGUUGUGAACGACGUAUCCUUCAAGAUACAUUACGGCGAGUGUUUCGGAUUGCUCGGAACCAACGGGGCCGGGAAAUCGACUAUUUUCUCGAUUCUUUCUGGAGAAAAGCUUCAAAGCAGCGGAAGUUUCUGCUUCUUUUCUUCAAAUGGCCUGUCGUAUUGUCCGCAAAGCGACUUUCUCGAUCCGCUGCUUACCGUUGAAGAGGUUAUCGAAUUUUACGGAAAGCUCCGUAAUGUUGAAAACAUCGAUAAGCUGGUAAUCGAAACUCUCCGAGAGUACCACUUGGAACCCUACAAGCGGCUGCUGGUAAGAAAUCUAAGCGGUGGCAACCGACGCAAACUAUGCGUCGCUGUGUCCUGUUAUGGAAACACCGAUAUUAUCCUGAUGGAUGAACCUACCAGCGACAUGGAUCCGGUGACCAGAGCCAUCGUUUAUCGCACAAUCGAGCGACUGAACAGCCAGAACCGCUCGAUUCUACUCACAUCCCACAGCAUCUCGGAAAUCGAUCACAUCUGUCAACGGAUAGCCAUCCUUAAGGAUGGCCACAUGCUAACGGUGGAUACGCCGGAAAACCUUACCGAACGAUACGGUAAUAGUUACCUGAUCACCAUUCACUUGGAGGAAAACCGUGAGGUCGAUCUGGUUCGGAUGAUCAAGCGCGAGUUCAACAUCAGCCAAGAAUUGGUUCACAACAAAAACUCGCUACAGUUUGUGUGCAAAGUGCAGCCGGAGCGAAAGCAGGUCGGCGCUGAAAAGUUGCACAAAAAUAGUCAGGUUACGAUUAACCUGAACAACAACACAAUCGAUUCCAGCCCGGCGCUGGCGAGUAGCAUAAGUGCCCUAGUUUUAAAACUGCACCAGUUUGCGCACAACAAUCGGCUGCGAUACACGGUGACGAGGUGUUUGUUAGAUCAGGUGUUUGAAACUGUCCUUCAAAAUCACGAAGAGGAACACACCAACGCGGGAUUCGUUGAACAGUGAUACCAUCUUAAUUCGCUCAAUUCCAUACAAACAACAGGUUAAGUUACUUACUACUAAGCUGGUUUCUAGAAAUAAACUAUGGACUUAAA